GUGCAGGGAUGACGGCGGAGAGAGAGGAUCAAGAGGACGCUGGAGGCCAUCGGCUCGAGAGUUUCAGGCUUCACAUGGUGACGUGGAAUGUAGCUACAGCAGAUCCUCCUCAAGAUGUGACCUCGCUGCUCCACCUGAACUCUCCAAAACCUGCAGACCUCUAUGUCAUCGGACUGCAGGAAGUGUACUCUGGACCGGUUCGGUUUUUGUCGGACAUGAUCUUCGAUGACCCGUGGAGCCACAUGUUCAUGUCCACUUUGGCACCGCUUUCAUAUGUGAAGGUGUCAUCCAUAAGAAUGCAAGGUCUUCUGCUGCUCUUCUUCUCCAGAAUGGAGCACGUCCCGUUCAUCAGAGACAUACAGGCCACGUACACGCGCACCGGCAUCUUCGGUUACUGGGGUAACAAAGGGGGCGUGUCCAUUCGCUUCUCUUUCUACGGUCACACGCUCUGCUUCCUCAACUGCCAUUUGACGCCUCACAUCAAAUACGCCACGCACAGAGUGGGCGAGUUCGAGAGCAUCGUGGAGACUCAGAUGUUUGAUUGUAAUAAGGCUUCAAAAAUAGUUGACCACAGACUGGUGUUCUGGUUUGGAGACCUCAACUUCCGAAUCCAAGACCAUGGCAUGCACUUCAUCCGCUCCUGUCUCACCAAUAAGACCUACAAUCUGCUAUGGAGCAACGACCAGUUAAAUAUGAUGAAGAAAAAGGAGGCGCUGCUGCAGGAGUUUGAGGAGGGGCAGCUGGACUUCCCGCCCACCUACAAGUUUGACCUGAACUCUGACUCCUACGACAGCAGUGGUAAGAAGAGAAAACCAGCCUGGACCGACAGGAUUCUGUGGAGGAUCCGACCUAAAGCCCCGCCCCCUGACGAGCAGGAAGAAGACGGUUCUGGACCAGAUGUUAAAAAGAUCCGACCGCUUGACGAGGAUGAAGAGUUCCCUCUGAAGGUCAGACAGGAACUGUACACCAGCAGCAUGGAGUUCAGCAUCAGCGAUCACAAGCCCGUCCUCGGCGUCUUCUCUGUGGAGCUGAAGAAGAAGUUCGAGGCCCCUCUGGUGCGUCUGCAGCCAGAAGGCGACUGGAGCGCGGACAUCGACGCCAUGAUCCUGUACAGCCCCCUGCAGCCGUUCCGCUCCAGCAGCUGGGACUGGAUCGGACUGUAUAAAGUUGGGUUCAGCAGCCUGUCAGACUACAUCACCUACACGUGGGUCAAAGACAACGAGGUGGCCUUCAACCAGGAAGUGAUGCAGGUUUUCAUCAGUAAAGAGGAGAUCCCCGUGAGAGGGGGGGACUGCGUGUUGUGUUACUUCAGCAGCAUCCUGCAGUGCAUCAUCGGAGUGAGCGAACCAUUCAAGGUCCGGGAGUCCUGGGUGGCCACCGAGGAAGGUCUGCUGCCCGACAGGAUCAACGAGCUCGACCAAAUCACGAUGGACAAAGAUCUUUGAGCCUGAUCACAAAUCUGUGACUGGAUUCACGAGUCAUUCCAAGUAUUCAGUUACUCAGACUGACGUAUCCAGAAAGGUUUCAUUGGACCUGAAGAAACCUCCUCUUCUCAGGAUGGCUCCUCUGACCUUCAUUCAGGACAUUCAUGUUGUCUCUGGUCUCCCCUGUGAAGAAUCAAGUUACUGUACUGUCUAUAAUUUAUUGAGAGUGUAUGUUUUUGUUCUUAGCAACAGCUUAGAAGAAGGUUCUUGAAAUAACAUGUCACUGAUAAACAUCGCAUUCCCCUUCGUCCCCUAAGAUCGGAUCCUCUUUAGUCAACCGUCGCAGAAAAACAGAAAUAAAAGGGAACGGUUAAAACUGACCACACUCAUCAGCCAUGUUUGAUCCAUUUAAAACCAUGCGGCCUUUUUGCAAUAGAGAAUGCAGAUUUUCUGAACAGCGCAUGCAGCAUGCAGGCUAUCCCCGCCAGUCCACUGCUGUACAUGACCCUUUCAAAGUAAAAGCAGUCUGAUGCAGGAAAUGUGUUUAAUCUCUUCCUGUUUUGGGGGUUCUUCCAGCAGACAGCUUAACACAAAGUUUAAACCUUUUAGGAAAAAAAAAUAAAUGUUGAUUUUAGUUAGAAAUUUUUAAGAAGCUUUAAUGACAAACCCAAUGAUGUCAGGACGACAGUCCAGUGCUGAUGGAAGAGUUCGGUCUCUGAAAAGUGAACAGAUGGAAAACUGCUUCAGUCUGGACCUCCUCUUAUUUUGAAGAGGACUUCCUGUCUACCUUCUGCUUGACCCCUAAGCAGAAGGAAGCAGUGAGCAUAAAUGUUAUUUUGGUUAAAAAUGAUUUUUAUUGGGGACGUUCUGUAGAACUCCAGGAUUUUAUUGUUCUUCAGUGUCUCUGAAUGAGAAAACGUCACAGUAAUUAACUGUUUUAACGCAGAUUUCUGGAAACUCAUGUUUUCUGAGUUUUCUCCUUACUGCUACUUUAUAUAAAAAAAAACAUUUGAAUCUUUCCCUUUUCAAGCCUCUGACAUCACAGUUGACUUAUAAAUGUCACAGCCUUUAACCUUUUUAUUUAUUUAUAGAUGUUCCCUGAGAAAUGUUGAUAUUUUGUUUUACUCUCCUCUGGAUUUAGCAAGUGCCUUUGACAUGAUUGUUGCUUUAUCUAUGUAGACUGUGAUGGAAGCUUUAAUAUGCUGCUUAAAUUUCUAUACAUGUCAUUAAAAAUGAUUUAUUCUCA